ACAUAUCCUUUAAAAAAUAUAUACUUGUCGGCUAUGGUUCCAAAUCGAGUCACCUAUUUCUUUAUCUCUAUUAGUUGACUAGGUUGAUCCGUGCAGCAGUCUAUCCUCCAGAAUUCUGUUGUGUAAGGAAAACAAAAAAUAAAAAUUGUGCAAUAAUUUCACACCAUGGCUCUGGAACUUGUUGCUGGACCUUUAAUGGGGGCUGUUUUCAAUGUGUUGUUUGAAAGGAUAGCUUCUUCUGAGGUUGCAAACUUCUUUAAGAAGAAAAAAAGUGAGAAUUUGCUCAAAAGAUUGAAGAUCAUGUUGUUGUCAGUCCAUGCUGUGCUCAAUGAUGCAGAAGAAAAGCAAAUGAAAAAUGAAGCAGUGAAGGAGUGGCUUGAAGAACUUAAAGAUGUUGCAUUUGAUGCUGAUGAUCUACUUGAUGAGAUUUUUACCGGUGAAAAGAUUAAGUCAAGAGAGGUAAACUCAUUUCACUCCCCUCAUACAAAUUUUUAUGAUAAACAACUUGAACAGAAGAUAGAAGAUGUUUAUGAAAGAUUAGAGUUUGUUAUAAAGUUGAAAGAAGUACUUGAUUUGAAGGUGGGUAAGGAAGUGAAAGUGACACACAAGACACCAACCUCAUCUGUAGUUGAAGCAUGUGAUGUGUAUGGAAGGGAUAAUGAUAAAGAUAUCUUAGUUAAUUUGCUUUUGUCUCAUGAUUCUGAUGAUGAAAAACUAGGUGUUAUUCCCAUUGUUGGUAUGGGAGGAAUUGGAAAAACCACCUUAGCUCAACUAGUGUAUAAUGAUGAUAGAGUACAGAAGGAGUUUGAUCUCAAAGCUUGGAUUUACGUCUCGGAAGAAUUUGACAUCUGCAAGAUCACAAAGAACCUUUUGGAGGUUAUCACUUUGUGUAGUUGUGAUGUUGAAGAUUUAAAUUCAAUACAGAGGAAUCUUAAAAUGUAUAUACAGAAGAAAAAGUUUUUAUUUGUUUUGGAUGAUGUUUGGGAUGAAAACUAUGAGAACUGGGACAAAUUCAGGAGUCCAUUUAAACAUGGAGGGGCUAACGGAAGUAAGAUUAUCGUAACCACUCGAAGUCGGAAUGUUGCAUCUAUUAUGCAGACUUUUCCGCCUUAUAAUCUUACUGAAUUGGCCAAUGAAGAUUGUUGGGAAUUGUUUUCGAACCAUGCGUUUGGUUAUGGCCAUAAGGAUUCAAAUGUUCAUCAGCAAAGUGUAUACAAAGUUGGAAGGGAAAUAGUUAGAAAGUGCAAGGGAUUGCCUUUGGCUUUGAAGACACUUGCAGGACUUUUGAGAUCAAAAAGUGAUAUUCAAGAAUGGCAUAAAGUACUGAACAGUGAGAUAUGGGAUCUACAACAUCAUGAGAGUAAUAUUCUUCCAGCUUUGAGGUUAAGCUACCAUUAUCUCCCUUCUCAUUUAAAGAGAUGUUUUGCUUAUUGUGCAAUUUUCCCAAAAGAUUAUGAAUUUGAAAAGGAGAAUAUAAUUUUGCUGUGGAUGGCAGAAGGGUUGCUCCACCAAUCAAAAAGACAUGGAAGAAUUGAAGAAGUUGGAAAUGAGUAUUUUUGUGAAUUAGUAUCCAGAUCAUUUUUUUACCAAUCAAGAAGUGGCAAGUCAUAUUUUCUAAUGCAUCAUCUUAUAAACGACCUGGCUCAAUUUGUAUCUGGAACAUUUUCUGUGAGAAUAGAAGAUAACAAUUCUGAUCAAGUUAUGGAAAGAACUCAUUAUUUGUCUCACAUUAUUUCACAUUGUUCCUCAUAUGUAAACCUGAAAGAUGUUAGCAAAGCAAAUCGCCUACGUACCUUUAUGCAAAUAAGAACAGUAGGUACAUCGAUAGACAUGUUCAACGACAUGCCGAAUGAUCUUUUGACAAAGCUAAGGUACUUAAGGGUGUUAACCCUGGUAGGUGCUUAUUUCUACAGUUUACCUGAUUCAAUAGGUGAACUAAAACAUCUGCGUUCUCUAGAAGUGUCUGACACCGAGAUUACAAGGUUACCUGAGUCGAUCUGCAGUCUGUACAAUUUACAAACGCUCAAGUUAGUUGGAUGUUAUAAUCUUAUUGAACUUCCAAAAGAUAUUCAUAAACUUGUCAACUUGCGCUACUUGGAUAUUCGAAGCACUUGUUUGAAGUGGAUGCCAUUGCAAAUCAGUGAAUUGAAAAACCUUCAAAAGUUGAGUGACUUUUUUGUUGGUGAAGAUCAUGGAUCUUCCAUUAGUGAACUGGGAGAGCUAUGUAAUUUACAUGGAUCAUUGUUCAUUCAUGACAUAGAACAUGUUGUCAAUUACAAGGAUUGUGAGAAAGCAAAAUUGAAUGAAAAACAUGGCCUUGAAAAAUUGUCUUUGGAUUGGGGUGGUAGUGGUGAUACCGAAAACUCACAGCAUGAAAAGACUAAACUGUGCAGUCUCGAACCGCACACAAAUUUGAAGGAGCUUGAUAUCAACGACUAUCCAGGCACAGAAUUUCCGGAUUGGUUAGGGGACUACUACUUUUGCAACCUGGUUUCCUUAAAGCUUAAGGGAUGUAAAUAUUGCUACAAAUUGCCUCCACUUGGACAACUUCCAAUGUUGAAAGAGCUUCAGAUUAUUAAAUUUGAAGGAUUAAUGAGUUUAGGACCCGAGUUUUAUGGAAAUACAACUUCUGCCAGUACUGAUAGCUUUCCUGCACUAGAAAUUCUACGGAUCGAGUCUAUGUCAGCAUGGGAGAAAUGGUGUUUCGAUGCAGAAAAUGUAGGCAGCAGAGCUUUCUCUCAUCUUAGAGAGUUUUAUAUUGAAAACUGUCCCAAACUGACAGGGAACUUACCAAGUAGUCUUCCGUCUUUGACAUUACUUGUUAUCAGAGAUUGCAAACGUUUGCUUUGUCCACUUCCCAAAUCUCCGAGUCUGCGAGUGCUCAACAUUCAGAAUUGUCAGAAACUAGAAUUCCAUGUACAUGAACCUUGGUACCACCAAUCACUGACAUCUCUGUACUUGAUUGAUAGCUGUGACUCACUCAUGUUCUUGCCUUUAGAUCUUUUCCCAAACCUCAAGUCCCUAGAUAUUUGGGGAUGCAAAAAUCUGGAAGCAAUCACUGUUCUAUCAGAAUCAGAUGCAGCUCCUCCAAAUUUCAAAUCCCUCAAUUCCAUGUGCAUAAGGCAUUGUCCAAGUUUCACAUCAUUUCCCAAGGGAGGAUUUGCAGCCCCAAAGCUCAACUUGUUAACCAUAAAUUACUGUCAGAAGUUGAUUUCUUUGCCUGAAAAUAUGCAUGAGUUUAUGCCAAGCUUGAAAGAACUUCAGCUGAGGGGUUGUCCACAGAUUGAGUCAUCUACUACGAGGCCACUCAGGAUUCGGAUUUCCAACAAAUUCAUGGAAGGGAAACAAAAUCAUUCUGAUCCUAUCUUUGCAAGGUUGGAAGGUCUUGCCUCUGUUAAUAGUCCCUCUUCAAGUUAGACACCACCGCAGUGUUAAUGUAUUAGAUGUGUUAAGAAUAAAUUAGUCAACUAGUAUUGAUUAAUCUUUAUUAGUAUUGCCAUAGAA